AAUAAGGCCGGGGGUCUGACAUCAUCGUGUUAGGCCAAUCACCGGACGCGUUGGUGGGAGGCCUCACGGAGAGCGCGCCCGGAGGAGGGAAGACAAGAGAGAGGAAGCUUGAAGUCAAUAUGGAGUCCGUUAGUUGCUCCGCCGCUGCUGUGAGGACCGGGGACAUGGAGUCCCAGCGGGACCUCAGCCUGGUGCCUGAACGGCUUCAGAGACGCGAACAAGAGCGGCAGCUGGAAGUGGAAAGGCGGAAACAAAAGCGGCAGAACCAGGAGGUAGAGAAGGAGAACAGCCGCUUUUUCGCCGCCACCUUUGCUCGGGAGCGAGCGGCCGUGGAAGAGCUUCUGGAGCGCGCGGAGUCGGUCGAGCGGCUGGAGGAGGCGGCCUCUCGGCUCCAGGGCCUGCAGAAACUUAUCAACGACUCAGUUUUUUUCCUAGCCGCUUACGACCUGCGGCAGGGACAAGAGGUACUGGCGCGGCUGCAGGCGGCCCUGGCCGAGCGGCGCCGGGAGCUGCAGCCCAAGAAGCGUUUCGCUUUCAAGACCCGGAGAAAGGAUGCUGCUUCGUCUACCAAAGUAGUUGCGGCUCCUGGCAUCCCCCCGGCAGUUGAAAGCAUACAGGACUCCCCGCUGCCCAAGAAGGCAGAAGGAGACCUCGGCUCCAGCUGGGUCUGCGGUUUCUCCAGCCUGGAGUCCCAAGUCUUGGAGAAGAGAGCCAGCGAGUUGCACCAGCGCGACGUCCUUUUGACCGAACUGAGCAACUGCACAGUCAGACUGUAUGGAAAUCCCAACACCCUGCGGCUAACCAAGGCCCACAGCUGCAAGCUGCUCUGCGGUCCGGUGUCCACCUCCGUUUUCCUGGAGGACUGCAGUGACUGCGUGCUGGCAGUGGCCUGCCAACAGCUCCGCAUACACAGUACGAAAGACACCCGCAUCUUCCUGCAGGUGACCAGCAGGGCCAUCGUGGAGGACUGCAGUGGGAUCCAGUUCGCCCCUUACACCUGGAGCUACCCGGAGAUCGACAAGGACUUCGAGAGCUCUGGUUUAGAUAGGAGCAAAAAUAACUGGAACGAUGUUGAUGAUUUUAACUGGCUGGCCCGGGAUAUGGUCUCCCCGAACUGGAGUAUUCUUCCUGAAGAGGAGCGAAAUAUCCAGUGGGACUAAGCAGUUGUCACUCUGUUCUUCAUUCCUACCAAAUACUUUCCACGUUGGACUUUCCCCCUUAUUGGGUCUCGAAGUUUACUUAUUGUCACACUGUAUGUUUUAAGCAUUUUAAGGCUUGAUAUUGUAAUGGGCUCCUACUUGUAAUUUCCAUUAAAUUCGUAACAGGUAUAAUACUAAAACAUUUUUGCUAUUUUGGUCAUGCCUUUGAGAUGGAGUCUUACUCUGUCACCCGGGCUGGAGUGCAGUGGCGUGAUCUAGGCUCACUGCAACCUCCGCCUCCUGGGUUCAAGUGAUUCUCAUACGUCAGCCUCCCGAGCAGCUGGGAUUACAGGCGCACGCCACCAUGCUAAUUUUUGUAUUUUUAGUAGAGACAGGGUUUCGCCAUGUUGUCCAGGCUGCUCUCGAACUCCUGACCUCAGGUGAUCCACCCGCCUCGGCUUCCCAAAGUGCUGGCAUUACAGGCGUCAGCCACCAUGCCAGAGCUUUAUUUUUACCACAACAGUUGCAGCAAUAAGGGGGAAGGAAGGUGAUUAUGUUGCUUUGUAAUGGUUUGUGAUAUUUGAAACAUCACAGUGCAUAAUAAAGUAGGUCUUCAAUAAA